AUGAGCACGGAGUCUCGAACUGGAGUUCCCAGUCUGUCGAAUGUAGCAGCACCGAUGGUCAAUCAGAGCGACCUGCCGUUUCGUCUGCUCGUUCGGCGGUACAAGACAAGUCUGGUCUACACGCAGAUGCUCCUGCCAGAGAAGAUACUGAACGAUAAGGACUAUCUUGACUUCCAUCUGCGUGGUCUCGGCGAACCCGAGGACCGGCCAGUCGUGGUGCAACUCUGCGGCAAUGACCCUGAGAUGGUCGUGCGGGCAGCCCGGAAAUUACAGACACGUUGUGAUGCGAUAGGUGUUUGCACAGAUUUGAAUCUCGGGUGCCCUCAGGAAGCGGCACGCGACGCGCACUACGGAGCCUAUCUCCUCGGCCAGAAAGACUGGCCCCUCGUUGAGGGUAUCGUCUCGGCCAUGUCCAAUUCGCUUACUGUUCCAGUAACCGCGAAGUUGCGACUCUGCCAACCGGCCUCCGCCAGCGUGCAUCUCGCUCAGCGGCUCGAGCACGCCGGAGCUUCGUGGAUAACGCUUCACGCGCGUACCGUGUCUGCGAGGCGACGCCGACAGGGUGCGGCCGAUCUCGAACAAGUGAAGCUACUCAAAGAAGCACUGUCGGUACCAGUAGUGAGCAACGGGAACGUUCGAACAUGGGCCGAUGUGGAGCAGAAUCGCGCAUAUACCGGUGGGGGAGGUAUAAUGGUGGGGGAGACUCUGCUUGGCAACCCUUGUCUGUUUGCGAACACUGUCCCUGAUCCGGUCUCAAUCUCUCGCGAAUACAUCGAUAUCUGCAGAGAGCGUCCGGAUACUGCUACCAUGCAAACAAUACAGACGCAUGUCAGGCAUUUCAUCGACCACCAGUGCGGCCGCAGGCCCUGGUUCAACAAGUUCCGGGCUGCCUUGACUCGAUGCCAGACAUUGGACAAUAUCGAAGACCUACUGAAGAAGGUGCAAAUAUGGCGGGGACGGCAUGUCUUGUCUGAGUCCCCGAAUGACGCCGAAAAAGACGACGAGGACGGUACGCGAGAUCCUGCCGAGGAAGUCCUCGAAUCGUUGUCGCUGUUGCAAUGA